CUCCCCUACAGUCUUGCACAGGGGUACCGGCUCUUCCCCUACAGUCUUGCACAGGUGUACCGGCUCCUCCCCUACAGUCUUGCACAGGUGUACCGGCUCCUCCCCUUUAGUCUUGCACAGGUGUACCGGCUCCUCCCCUCCAGUCUUGCACAGGUGUACCGGCUCCUCCCCUCCAUUCUUGCACAGGUGUACCGGCUCCUCCCCUACAGUCUUGCACAGGUGUACUGGCUCCUCCCCUUUAGUCUUGCACAGGUGUACCGGCUCCUCCCCUACAGUCUUGCACAGGUGUACCGGCUCCUCCCCUACAGUCUUGCACAGGUGUACCGGCUCCUCCCCUCCAGUCUUGCACAGGUGUACCGGCUCCUCCCCUCCAGUCUUGCACAGGUGUACCGGCUCCUCCCCUCCAGUCUUGCACAGGUGUACCGGCUCCUCCCCUACAGUCUUGCACAGGUGUACUGGCUCCUCCCCUUUAGUCUUGCACAGGUGUACCGGCUCCUCUCCUGGACUGAAAUGGCUUCCUCUGAUUUCACCGCACACUGUGAGCUUCUCACAAUGUGCAUUAGAAGCUGCAGCAAGUCAGACAGAGCUCUGCCUCAUUUCCUAACUGGAGGACAUCCAGCAUCAUCUAGACCUUUCCUCCCUGGACUGACUCUC